AUGCUUCCUGGCACUUCUCGCAAUGCCACCGCCAGCGCUCCAGGCCCCUUCACCCUCCUGGGCAUCCCAGGGCUGGAGUCCCUGCAGGCCUGGCUCUCCAUCCCCUUCUGCUCCAUGUACUUCAUUGCCUUGCUGGGGAACUUGUCCCUCCUUUUGAUGGUCAAGACGGAGCCCAGCCUGCAUGAGCCCAUGUACCUCUUCCUCUGCAUGCUGUCCCUCACUGACCUGGUCCUCUCCUCCUCCACCCUGCCCAAGCUGCUGGCCAUCUUCUGGUUUGGCAGGCAGCCCAUCGGCUUCAGCGCCUGCCUGGCCCAGAUGUUCUUCAUCCACUCCUUCACGGCCAUGGAGUCUGGCUUCUUCCUGGCCAUGGCCUAUGACCGCUACGUGGCCAUCUGCAACCCUCUGCGCCACACCACCGUCCUCACCAACACCUUGGUAGCCAAGAUCGGGCUGGCUGUCGUGGUCCGGGGGGUGGUCCUCUUCUUCCCGCACCCUUUCCUGGUGGGCCGGCUGCCUUUCUGCAAGUCCAAGGUCAUUGCCCACAGCUACUGCGAGUUCAUGGCCCUGGUCAAGCUGGCUUGUGCGGACACAGCGGCCAGCAGGGGCUACAGCCUGAGCCUGGCCUUCCUCAUUGGGGGCUUCGACGUGUGCUUCAUCAGCCUGUCCUACGCCCUGAUCCUGCGCACGGUCUGCCGCCUGCCCUCCAAGGAAGCCGGUCUUAAGGCACUGGGCACCUGCAGCUCCCACAUCUGCGUCAUCCUUGUCUUCUAUACCACGGCCGUCUUCUCCUUCCUCACCCACCGCUUCGGCCACAAUGUCCCUCAUGCCGUGCACAUCUUCAUCGCCAACGUCUACCUGGUGGUGCCACCCACCCUGAACCCCAUCAUCUAUGGGGCGCGGACGAAGAAGAUCCGUGAGCGGGUGCUGCAGGCUGUCCUGUGCAGGAAGAGGUGA